AUGAAGUUGCUGUCUUCCUCUUCGUCCUCAGCUUCCUCCACCAUUACAACUGCCACUACCACCUCCUCUUUCGGUGGCAAUUCAAAAAGUUCCACUGCUGGGUGUCUUUCUGGAAUGCUGCGACGACUACUCUGUUUUAAUAGCCUUCCUACCCACCCCUUUGAUCACAUUAAAGAAGCCUAUGAUGAGGCCAUUGGGUGUGACAAGCUCCAAUACUUGAAGGCAGAGGAAAGGGUCGAGGCCCCGGAAACUCCAGGGAUUGUGGCAAGACUCAUGGGUUUGGAAUCAAUUCCGCGGAUUGAUGUAUCUAAUAACCCAAAAUGUUUCAAUUCAAUUGCAAGAAGCAGGUCAAUGAAUUCUAUGGAUGUAAUGAGGGAAUUUAAGUCAAUACAGGGGAGGCAUCGACGUGUUCAGAGCUUUCGUGAAGCUCCAACCUUCGUAGAGUUAGAAGAUGAGCAAUUCCUUAUUCUUAGCUUUGAGACUGGAGGUGAAACUAAGGAAUUGAGAUCGAAAUCAAGAGAUUCGGAGAAGGGUUUUGGAGAAUUAAAGCACAGAAGAGCAGAAAAAUGGAAAAACAAGAAUAAGAGAAGACAGACAGUUUAUGAAAAGAAUAAAGAAAAUCAAGACGCUAAUAAGGGCUCAGCAGAGAAGGUGAAUAGGGUGGUCACUCCCAAGCCCUCUCAAAAGGUUCGAAAUGGUGGCAAAGUUAAAGAUUCAAGUAACAUUCUUCGUCCCACAAAGAAGUUUGAAGCAAAUUUGCAGCUUGCCGUGGAGGUUGAAAAGCAGUCAAAGCCUAUAAAAAACAAACAAAACCUUGAAGGAGGAAGGUCAAGGAAGAAGAAAGAAAAUAACUUGCCAAUUGAGAGAGUAGAAAGGAAUAGUGAUUCUGAAAAUACAAGCCCAGUUUCUGUUCUUGAUUUUGGCGAUUUUCCAAUCGAUCCAGAAGUUCCUACUUCAGAUGACAUUUCAAGGUUGGAUGGUUCAAAUAUAAGGAGGACCCUACUGGAGGAUCUUAAAAAUUACCAGCACUCAAAUGAAUCUGACAGCCAUAUUUCAAUCAGUGCUGAUUCUGAAACUAGGAAAAUUGAGGGAAAAUGCGCCCGAUCCAAGAAGAAAGAUCACCAGGGUCAGAACCAUGUAGAGAUGUGGGCUGAAAUUUGCAAAUUGGCUGAAGCAGACAUGAAACAAUCACAUUGGAUGUACAGGAAGCCUGGAGAUUUUGAAGAGAUUGGUGCAGAUUUUGGGUUAGACAUUCUUGACCAACUCUUAGCUGAACUGGUAUAUGAACUUGUGGGGACAUGUCAAGAAUAUUUUUGAU